AUGCCGCAUAUCGCCAACACGCCAGAGUCUCUACUCCCUCGCUCGGAUUCGCGCAACCCGGCAACGACCUGUAGAGGGAUCACCACGAGUGGCCGGCCUUGUCGCCGCUCUCUAGCUUCACAAAACCACGCGAAUUCAUGGAAUGGAUGCCCAUUGUAUGACACGAAUUUGUAUUGCUGGCAGCAUAAAGAUCAGGCUGUCGCAUCGGCAUCGACAUGGGCCGAUCCGAGUCUCCAGCCUGAGCCCGAGCCCAGAUCCAGCGUCGAUACGCUACUGGAUCGGCUGGGCGUACUUGAAGUUUCAGGCCAACAUGGACAGCCUACAGCUCAGCAAAGACAUUGCCAUGGUCGCAAAAGGGCAGAUGUUGUUCGAGUGAAAGAGAAGCAUCGUCCACCUCCCAAGAGGACCUUUUGCUGCUUUGAAAUUGUCGACGAUGAAGACAUGGAUCGUCGAAUUCCCCAGCCGGUUACAAGGCCAGUUCAGCUGCAACAGGUUCGUCCGGCCCGUCGACCGGCGUCCGCGCCUCAGAAUCUCUAUCAACAAGGGUCGAGGCCUAACUCAGUCCCACAGCGUAUGCAUGCUUCGCUGUCGCCGACUCCCCAGCAUUCGCGCCCUUCCUCAUCUGGGACCGGACUAUCACCAACUCCACAGACCCAGUCCCUCCUUUCCUGGAUCCCACCCAGCCUCUCUCCCCAAACGACAUCUCUGCUUCUCACCGAACUCGCCAAGCCCAUCUCCGCCACCGACGAAGAGGGCUACAUCUACAUGUUCUGGGUGACUCCUCCAAGCACUACACGCAAUGCCGGCAGCACUUCACCUCGUCCACCACCACGAGAGAUUGCAUCGUCCCUGCUCCUCCCAGUCCCAAAUAGUAGCAGACCAGCCCAACGCCGAAGCAUCAGCGAUGCUAUCCGCGUAGCACAGGAUCUCAACGCCCUAAGCAGCAACCCGACCGCAACAGCACCGGGCACAGUACGAUUGAAAAUCGGGCGCGCAAUCAACGUGCACCGCAGAUUAACCGAAUGGACGCGUCAGUGCUCCAACGACCUGACGCUUAUCCGAUACUACCCAUAUAGCCCAUCAACAUCAACGACAACACCGACACCACAGCAGUCCCCCUCUUCGGCGUGGCUAUCUCCAUCUAGACAUAAUCACCCGCAGCAGCGCCCUACAUCGUCAGAAACAUUGACAUUGACGUCCGGGAGAAAAGUCCCGCACGUCCACCGCGUCGAACGCCUGAUCCACAUCGAACUCGCAGAUCUGCGCGUACGCGACCUGGGUCCGUGUGCGGAGUGUGGGAAGGAACACCGUGAGUGGUUCGAGAUCGAGGCGUGCAAGGAUGCCCUGCGGCGGGUGGAUGAGUGUGUGCGGCGGUGGGUUUCUUGGGCCGGAGGUGAUGUUUAG